AUGUCAGGGGAAGUGAUUACUCCGAGCAGCCCUCAGGAGUACCCAACAUUCGACAAAGUGCUAAAUGACGUUGCACCGUACCCGUACACUCUGAAGUCUUUCAAAGCCUAUCUGUCACAAAACCAUUGUUCUGAAUCCCUAGAAUUUCUCGAAGGAAUGAAACAAUACAAGCAGGCGUAUCGCUCUGCCCUUAACCUAGAUGGCUCAUCUUCGUCAUCUCGUUCGUCCAUGUUGCCGCGCUUGCUCCUGACCUGGAGAAACCUAUUAUCUGUCUACAUCCUCCCUGGGUCCUUGCAUGAAUUAAAUAUAUCGACUGAAGAGCGAAACGCCCUUCUCAAAUAUACCGACAUAUCAUCCCCACCAUCACCAUGUGUGAUCGACGAAGCAGUCGGAAAGAUAGCCCAGUCAUUAGAGUCAUCCAUCUUCCUGCCCUACUUGAGUAGUCGUGCAGCUUUAGUCCUAGCCAUGGACCCGCAUUUCGAACAGCCUAAUUCGGAUGCAGUGAGCGAAAAGCCAUCAGUGUCAAUGUCAGAGCAGGCAAUAAGCGAUAUAACAUUCGAAAGCUCAAUGAAUCCUCAAUCUGGCAAAGGUCGCAGAGGUGAUAAGAGCCUAGUGUUUACGAAAUUGGUAGUCUUCGUUCACCAAUCGAAGAAGUUCGUACGGCCACGUCAACGUCUGCUACGGGCUUCCUCUGGGACGCAUCAGAGGGACACAUAA